GAUUGCUCGAUCUGAGAAUAAAAACAUCAGAAGCUUAAUAUCGUCUACAGCAAAAGCGAAGGUAUUCGUACUACAGUGAGUGAAUGGUGUAGAAAGUGCUUUAAUUCCACAGUUACAUUAUAUUUAUACUAUUAAAUCAUCGAACAAAAUUUGAAAAUUUUAGCGACCACGGAGACAAGAUGACGCAAGGAGACCCUCUGGAUAAAGAGCACAGCAUUAAAGGGAAAAAACAAAAAAUUAAAUGGGUUAAUACCAUCAGCAUCACUGCAAUACACCUGUUAGCACUGUACUCCAUAAUCACCGUCACACCUCUGGUGCGCUGGCAAACCUUUCUCUGGGGUGUGUUCCUCGGUGUCGCUGGCGGUUUCGGCGUAACCGGAGGAGUUCACCGCCUGUGGACCCACCGUUCAUACAAAGCCAAAUGGCCACUCAGAGUUAUUCUCGCAGUGUGCUUUUCUGUCUCAGGCCAGAAUACGAUAUUCGCAUGGGUACGCGACCACCGGGUGCACCACAAGUUCAGCGAAACAGACGCUGAUCCACACAACGCGCAGCGAGGUUUCUUCUUCGCCCACGUGGGCUGGCUAAUGCUGACGAAACAUCCAGACGUGCUGCGCUAUGGCAAGAUGAUCAACAUGCGCGACGUCAUGGAGGACCCUGUGGUCAACUUUCAUCAGAAAUAUUUCACGCUCCUCAAGAUAAUCUUCUGUUUCGCCAUACCCAUAGCAGUACCUCCCUUGUUGUGGGACGAAAAGUGGCAGUACUCGGCGCUGGGUAUGGGUGUGGUACGCUACGUUUUAGGACUGAACUUCGCAUGGCUAGUAAACAGCGCAGCCCACAUUUGGGGCAACAAGCCUUAUGACAGGAGAAUCAGUCCUACAGAAAAUCUUUCGGUGGCGGUGCUAGCGUUGGGUGAGGGGUGGCACAAUUACCAUCACGUGUUUCCGUGGGACUACAAAGCAGCCGAAUUAGGGCGAUAUACUUUCAACCUCACCACAGGUCUUAUAGACCUUUUUUCACUUCUUGGCUGGGCGUAUGACCUCAGGGCACCAACAGUCGAAAUGGUCCGUCGCACAGUUGAAGAGAGAGGUGACGGCUCGCACCCGCAGUGGAGGAGCAGGACGGACGAAAUCUCUGAGAAAGCAGAGGAUGGCGAAUCACAAAACUGGUGAUGACCCACGGAGUACUGAUACAUUCAAAAUAAUGAUAACAGCUGAUAUGGAGAACUUAAUAGAUUUCCUUAAAACCUUUCAAUGUUUGUAUGAAACGUUUAAAUGUAAUGCUUCUCUUACGUUUAUCUUAAGUUGGGGGCACAGUCUACGAAAAAGAACUCUACAAUUUCAGGCUUUUUGUAUGAGGUAAUUAAUGUCACUGGUGUACCUGGUAUGGCGAGCACUGUUAUAUCAUGUGACCCGAAGUAUUACAUUGCACAUGAAUAUCUUUGAAGAAAUAACAAAUAUUCAGAUACCAAUGUAAUUCAACUAUGUUAUAGAACAAGAACUUUCAUUACCGUUAUAUCAAAAUAAAAUUGCUAUUCAACCAUGA